AUGCAACGUUUUAUAUUUACCAGAAAAACAACAAAUACAAUAGCACCAUUUGUUGAUAUUGAGAAAGGGAUUGGUGGUGGAGGUGAAGUUGAAAAAACAACAGAGAAUAACAACAAAGGAGUUAAAGCAAAAUAUUAUAAUGAAAAUUGUUUUAAAUUUAAAAGAAAAUCCCUUCGGAUACUCCAAAAUGUUGCUACUUUAUUGGAGGAUUGGUUAUUGCUUGCAUUGCUGGGAAUUCUUGUAGCUUUGUGUUCUUUAAUUAUGGAUAUGGCUAUUGAAUACUUGCAAACAUGUUUAACAAUACUUCGAGGUGUUAUUCUCAAAGAAUUUUUGACUUUGAAAACGCUUUUGUCUAAAAUGGUUGGAUUAACACUUUCUUUGGGUAGCGGGUUGCCUAUUGGAAAGGAGGGACCAUUUGUUCAUAUAGCCUCAGUUGUCGCUAACCAAUUAAGUCAUUGUGUCCAUUCAAUUAAAGGUGCUUAUUCGAACGAAUCGAGAAGUUUUGAGAUGCUUGCAGCUGCGUGUGCAGUGGGGGUUAGUUCAACAUUUUCUGCUCCUGUUGGAGGUGUUUUAUUUUCAAUCGAAGUCACAGCAGCAUAUUUUGCAGUAAGAAAUUAUUGGAGAGGCUUUUUUGCUGCAACCUGCUCGACUGUACUUUUUCGAAUACUUAGAGUGCUUUUAGUUGAAACUGAAGUUACCGUUACUGCCUUCUAUCAAACUCAAUUCCCUAGAGAUGCGUUUUUGCCGGAAGAAUUACCAAUAUUCUCUAUUGUUGGUGUUAUUUGUGGUUUUGUUUCAGCAGCAUUUAUUUUUCUACAAAGGCAUUGUGUUAUUUUUCUUCGAUAUAAUUCAAUUUCAAAAUUUUUUCUUCAUAAACAUUGGUCAAUAUAUCCAAUACUUAUUGCAUUAAUUAUUGGGUCUAUAACCUACCCUCAAGGAUUUGGACAAUUUUUGGGAGGAGAGAAAAAAUUUAUGUACGCAGCAAAAGAUUUUUUUGCUGACUGCACUUUUUCACUUCCCAACGACAGUAAUCGUGCUUGUCCGGAACAAUUAAUUUCUUCUUGGUCGAGGGAAGACUAUUACACUCAUUUUACGACGUUGCCCAUAUUUAUUGGAGUUUAUUUUAUUUUAACAAUUUUGGCAAGUACACUACCCAUUCCUGCUGGAAUUUUCGGUCCUUCUUUUGCCUCAUUAUAUCCAAGCGGUCUUCGAGGUCCAAACGAUUUGCAAAUAUUCCCUGGUGUUUAUGCAAUAGUUGGAUCAGCAGCAUUAACUGGAGGAGUAACUCACACAGUUUCCGUGGCAGUUAUUGUGUUUGAACUGACUGGACAACUUUUACAUAUUUUGCCUGUUAUGAUUGCUGUAUUAAUCGCCAAUGCAAUUUGCUCCAAUUUACAACCUUCCAUUUAUGAUUCUGCCAUUAAAUUGAAACAAUUGCCAUAUUUACCUGAUAUUCCCCAAACCUCUUCUCGCUUUCAUGGAAUUUUAGUCGAACAAUUUAUGACUUGUGAUAUAAAAUUUCUUUCAAAUGAAACAACAUAUGCUGAAAUGCAAGAAAUUUUAUUUGAUAACCCGAGGCUUAAAGCUUUUCCUAUUGUAGAGAAUGAAGAAACACGAAUAUUAAUUGGAUCUUGUAGUCGUUCCCGACUUAUUAGAAUAUUAAAUUCUCAUGUAGGCCCAAUUACCAGAAAACAAGAAGCAAUAAAAAGAAUAAAUACAAUUGAUAGAAGAAAGAAUUCCCAAACAACAACAAAAAAAGAAUCUUUAAUUUUGUCGCCUUCUUCAAAUAUUCCUCUCUUAAAAUUUUUAGAACCUCCAAAAGAACAAAAACAUUCAAUUAUGGAAUUUGAUAAAAUAACAAAAACAAAAUCUGAAAGUUUAAUUGAAGGGAAGGAAGAGGAGGAGGAAAAUGUUAAUAAUAAAAAUAAUAUUCUCCAACAAAAACAAAGUUUGCAGCAACUAUAUUUAAAAUGUUUAAAUAGACCGUCAAUGUCUGUUAAACGUUCAUUAACUAUUCCUGCAAGUUUAAGUCAUUCUUCUAGUUCUAGUGAUGUUUAUAGUACUAUUGGAGAUAUGAUUAGAACAUUGUCAAGGUUUAGUCAAAGAUUUAGACGUGGAGUUGACCAAAAUGGUGAGAUUGACUUGAUGGGAGAUGAGAGAACAAUUUGGGAACAGGAACAAUUGGCUAAACGAGUUGAUUUUCGUUCUAUUGGAAUUGACCCGGCCCCCUUCCAAUUAGUAGAAGAAACUUCACUUUUCAAAGUCCACUCAUUAUUUUCAAUGUUGGGAUUAAAUCGGGCUUAUGUCACAAAAUGUGGUCGUUUGGUUGGUGUUGUUGCUUUGAGGGAUUUGAGACUGGCUGUAGAAUUAAUUCAAUCAGGAGAUUUAAUAGCUCGGAAACCUUCAUUAAUUUCAAAUGAAAGUAGUGAAGAAGGAGAGGAAAAUUUAAGCAAAACAUUUAUUUCAAAUUUAGAAGAGGAAUGCCCAGAUAAAAAUGAUUCUCAACCUAAAAAUGAAAUAACAAACAAUGAAGGUAUUAAAUUUCAAACACAAAAAGAAGCUUUAAUUGUACCUACAAAAGAAGUAUUGAAAAAUAAUGAAAAUAAUGUUCCCAUUUUUGUAAUUUCAACAAGUGAAGAUGAAAAAUCAAAUGAAGAAUUAAAAGAAGAACAAGAAGCUUUUGUGGCUAAGCAAGUUUUUUAUUUUUAA